UAAAAGGCGUCGCUAUGGUAACGGAUACAACUCAAGGAUUAGCUUGUUAGCAACCUCUCUCCUCUUUAUGUCCUCGCUAUUAUUGUCAUUAUAUUGAAAAUAUGCGAUGACGGACACGGACACGGACACAUACCUCAUACGACCUAAUCACCAGCACAAGUUUAAGCCAGCUAUUGUGAAGGAGUGUAUUCGUGAAAUUGUGAGGGAGCGACUGUCAGGGAUGCAGUAUGACCCAGAGGAAGUCCCAGAGCUGUCCCGUUCACUGGCAGAAAGCAUUAAGGACAAAGUGAAGCAUUUAGGAUUCGACAGAUAUAAGCUUGUUGUGCAGGUGGUCAUCGGAGAGCAGCGAGGACAAGGAGUCAAGAUGUCUUCAAGGUGUUUAUGGGAUGCUGACACAGACAGCUAUGCAGAAGAUGUUUUCAUGAAUGACAGCUUGUUCUGUGUGGUAGCUGUUUUCGGAAGCUAUUACUACUGAAGACCAAAGGAAGGAUGAAAGAGUAUUCUGAAAGAUGUGAGGGGAAAAUCCAAAGGAUGCUGCUCACGAUCAGCAUUUCGGGGUCCAGGAUGCGUUAAUCUGAAGCAGCUGUGUCAUUUCUGUAUCUUGAGAUCAACACAGAUGACAUCCAGUGAAAUACCUCAAAACAUGGCAGUUUUCUUAUGUCACCAAACAAGAUGUCACAGUGAAGUGGGAACCCCCAGUGUAUCCAGUACUUUGUUGUACUUUCAGCUGCAAAAACAGUGAAAAGAGCUUAAUGUAAGGCAGUACAAUACUUAUGUACUACACUUUUGGUGCUUGACUAAGCACAGCAGCUACAGUAGAGGUCAGUGUUUGUCUCUGAUUGUCAACAUCGUGACAGGGACACUUACUAUCAGCCAGCAACAGGCAUUGAAUGAGAAAGAAUUUACAAAAAAAUGUUGUCCAUUGUUUGUCAAGUGCACUCACCAUUAUGAUCACCACUUUAUAAACACAUCUGCCUCUGUGUUGUGAUAUGGCUGAAGUCCUCAUAAAUAUUAAAUGAGUUUGACACCAUUA